CAUGUAAAUCCGAUAUCCAACCAUUUAUUCAAAUAUAUUUAUAAUCACGUAAUGUUGGAUAGAUUCUUAUUAAAAACGUAAGCAGAUUUAAAGGAGUCAACAAGAAAUCAGCCAAACAAAAUGGCGUACAGCUUAAAAAUCACAAUUUGUCAAAUUUUAAAAGCAUGGAACAUAAAAGCAAGAAACAACUUUUGAUGACGUCAUUCAAUGUUGUCAGGUACUCGGCAAAGUCUUAUAUUUGCUAUUAGUCCGGGUGGUGAUUAGCUCUUCAAUCGGCUAUUGCCGUAGUUAUUUUUAGCAGUCGCUGCCAGCGAUGGUUUGGAUUGGAGAACCGCGACUACGGAAGGUACGUCGUGAAAGAUGUUAAAGAAGAACAGCGUCUGUAGCUAGCUUUUCUUUACCAUUUUUAUUUAUCUAUCCGGUCUGGACUAUAACAAAGUUGAAAUAUGGCGACACUGUAUAUCACGGAACACAGACAUCUGUCAGUUAUACGUCAUUUCAAUGAUACAUGACAAACAAUUGACAGUAGUUCACAAUGGUGAACCGGCGCACAAUUUUAAAAUAAAAUGUAAAUAGAAAAUAAACUUUUUAUUCUUAUCAAUUGGAUUGAAAUUUGGAAUUUAAACUGGUUCUUAUAUGAACAACAGACUAUAAACGUGGUAAAUAUAAGCAUCACACUCAAACCUACUGCAUUAGCAAACCACAAUUUCGUCUGCUUAUGUCAAUUUUUUAAUGAAAAUAAUUUUAAUUACUGGCUUCAAUUGUCACUUUUUUUAUAAAAAUCGGACUUGAAAUAGUAUUUUUUAUCCUUGACGAAAAAUAGGUGAUACGGAAAGAUACCGCAUUGUCGGACAAUCGCAUGCGCGAAGCAGAAUCUGUUACGUUAAUAAACCGAGCUGAUAAAAGUUAAUUUAAAACAGUGGAGUCAGAGAAGGGGUACGCUCCAAAAGGUGAAGUCCACGAUCAAGAUUCGCCGGCGAAUGAUAGCCUAGCAAUAAAGUCUACGUUUUAGAACCAUUGAAAUAUAGUGCUGUGUAGGAGCCUUUGCUACCAUGGCGUACUGUACGCGAGUUUUGCAUCGCCAGGGGGGCAAAGCCAGCAGCCUCCUCUUCAGUGAGAUCCAGUCAAGAUGUUUCCAUGCAUCCCCCCUAACAUCUGCAGCUGCAAAGGUGGCUAUGAGCAAGUUCGACAAAGACCCCCUUCCAUAUGAAAAACUAACGAAAAACUUGGAUGUGAUCAAAAAGAGGCUGAAUAGGCCCCUCACACUCUCUGAAAAAGUACUUUACUCUCACAUCGAUCAGCCAGAGUCCCAGGAAAUCGUUCGUGGCCAAUCAUAUCUGCGCCUGCGACCCGAUCGUGUGGCUAUGCAAGAUGCCACAGCCCAAAUGGCCAUGUUGCAAUUCAUCUCCAGUGGUCUUCCAAAAGUGGCUGUACCCAGCACAAUUCACUGUGAUCACUUGAUUGAAGCUCAAGUGGGUGCCUCAAAAGAUCUGUCUAGAGCAAAGGACAUUAACAAAGAGGUCUAUGAAUUCUUGGCCUCUGCUGGCACCAAGUAUGGUGUUGGCUUCUGGAAGCCUGGCUCCGGUAUCAUUCAUCAAAUCAUCUUGGAGAACUAUGCUUUCCCUGGUCUUCUGAUGAUUGGUACAGACUCCCACACACCAAAUGGAGGAGGUCUGGGUGGACUUUGCAUUGGUGUUGGAGGUGCUGAUGCAGUUGAUGUCAUGGCUGACAUUCCUUGGGAGUUAAAGUGCCCCAAGGUUAUUGGUGUAGAGCUCACUGGUAAACUGAAGGGCUGGACCUCCCCGAAGGACAUCAUCCUGAAAGUGGCCGACAUCCUGACCGUGAAAGGCGGUACCGGCGCUAUCGUCGAGUACUUCGGUCCCGGUUGCGAGUCUGUCUCUUGUACCGGUAUGGCCACAAUCACCAAUAUGGGUGCAGAAAUCGGUGCCACCACGUCCGUUUUCCCGUUCAACAAGCGUAUGGCGGAUUACUUGUCGGCCACGCAGAGGUCACCCGUCGCCCAGGAAGCGGAGAAAUACAGGCAGCAGCUGUUGAGCCCCGACAAAGGCUGUGAGUACGAUAGAGUGAUCCAAAUCAACCUAGACACCCUAGAGCCGCACGUUAACGGCCCCUUCACCCCCGAUCUGGCCAGCCCCAUCAGUAAACUGGGCGAAAACGCGAAAAAGAACAGUUGGCCAGUUGACAUCAAAGUGGGUCUGAUCGGGUCCUGCACGAACAGCUCCUACGAGGACAUGGGACGGUGCGCCAGCAUCGCCAAGGAGGCCAUGAAACAUGGUGUCAAGUCUAAGAUUCCUUUCAAUGUGACACCCGGAUCGGAGCAGGUUAGGGCUACAAUUGAGAGGGAUGGAAUUUCGAAAACGUUCGAAGAGUUUGGCGGCACGGUGCUUGCAAAUGCAUGUGGUCCAUGCAUCGGUCAGUGGGACCGUAAAGACGUGAAAAAAGGCGAGAAGAACACAAUCGUCACAUCGUACAACCGUAACUUCACUGGUAGAAACGACGCUAAUCCUGCCACGCAUUGCUUCGUCACAUCACCAGAAUUGGUCACCGCCCUCAGUAUUGCCGGAAGACUUGACUUCAACCCACUCACUGAUGAGCUGACAGGCUCCGACGGCAAGAAAUUCAAACUGCCCUCUCCCUUCGGCGACGAACUGCCCAGCAAAGGUUUCGACCCCGGUCAGGACACGUACGUUGCGCCAGCCAAGGACGGUUCCAACGUUCAGAUCAACAUCGAUACCAAAUCGGACAGGCUGCAGUUGCUGGAACCCUUCGACAAGUGGGACGGCAAGGACCUUGAGGAUAUGACGAUCCUAAUCAAGGUCAAGGGCAAGUGCACCACGGAUCACAUCAGUGCUGCAGGACCAUGGCUGAAGUACCGUGGACAUUUGGAUAACAUCUCAAAUAACAUGUUUAUCACUGCAACGAAUGCAGAGAACGGCGAAUUGAACAAAGUAAAGAACCAACUGACCGGCGAAUAUGGCACCGUCCCUGAGGUAGCCCGUUACUAUAAAUCCAAAGGUAUCAGAUGGGUGGCCGUUGGAGAAGAGAACUACGGAGAAGGUAGCUCAAGAGAGCACGCCGCUUUGGAACCACGUCACUUGGGAGGCAGAGCGAUCAUCACCAAGUCCUUCGCUCGUAUCCACGAGACCAACCUGAAGAAGCAAGGUUUGCUGCCUCUCACCUUUGCCAAUCCUGCUGACUACGACAAGAUCCAGCCUACUGACAAGAUCAGUUUGAAGAAUCUGAAAAGUCUGGCACCUGGCAAACCUGUCGAGUGCGAGAUCAAACACGCUGAUGGGUCAGUAGAUAAGAUUCUUCUCAACCACACUUUGAACGAGUCUCAAAUCGAGUGGUUCAAGGCCGGAAGUGCUCUUAACCGUAUGAAGGAACUGGCGAAGAAGUGAGAGACUGAUGUUCGAAAAAGCGUACUUUAAGCGAGUGUUAUUAUUAUUAUUUUCUGUAGUUAUGUAAUUUUUAUAAGAAAAUCUUAAGAUCGUACUGUACAAAGUUUUCCGAAAGACACCUAUCAUGUUUUAUGUAGAUAUACAGAUAAUUCGACAAUAAAUUAUUUACACUUCACGCUUUU